AGAUAAAUCUGAUAAAUAAAAUAUAAGUGAAGAACAAUUCUCAUUUCCUCUGUAAUUACAAAAUCCACUCUUUUAAUACGUGCCGAGGCCAUUGACUUACACGCUAUGUUUGCAUUAUAAACUCACAGACAUAGUGUAAUCCGUUGAAUACUAAGUUUGACAUUAAUAUAGUAAGCAAAAUUAAUGGGCGAACAAAUUUUAGUGUUGGUGGGGGAGGCUGCAAUCUCCAGGCUAUUUUCACUAAUCACAGAAGAAGUGAAGGGUAUAUGGGGGUUUGAGGAGGAGCUCGGUAGCCUUCAAGAAUCGCUGACUGUCAUUUCUGGAGCUUUGCAAGAUGCGGAAGAGAAGCAAGUGACGCAGACUGCUGUGAGAAAUUGGCUUAAGAAACUCAAAGGAAUCGCUUAUGAUACUGAAGAUGUGCUUGAUCAUUUGGCUUAUGAAACUCUUCGUCAGUCUGUGGAGAUUCGACAUGCCCAGGUACAGAACUUCUCUGCAUUCUUUAAACCUGUUGCAUAUGCAAGAAAGUCUGCUAAUUUCCUCAUAAUGGCUCAUAAGGUUAAGAAAAUGAGCAAGGCCCUCGAAAAAAUGAAGGCCGAAGCUCUGAAUUUUCAGUUUAUCCAACAAGUGAAAUGUGUUGGUUUGAUGCCUCAAACAAAUUUUGAAACCGACUCCGUGCUUGAUGUAUCUGUUGUUGGAAGGGAUGCUGAUCUGAAUAGGAUCAUGAACUUGCUGACCAGCAACUUCUGUGCUCAACAACUGCUUAACAUCAUCCCCAUCGUAGGAAUGGGUGGUCUAGGAAAGACUACAUUAGCUAAAUCCGUGUGCGAACAAGUCACUGAACGGAAGCUGUUUGAUUUGAAAAUAUGGGUUUAUGUUUCUUAUAAUUUUGAUGAUAAAAGAAUAUUGGGGGAGAUGUUGCAAAUGUGUGGCGGAGGAAUGAGCGGGAAGACCAAUAGGGAUGCGAUUCUGCAAGAUCUUGAAAUAUCGUUGGCAGGGAAAAAGUUUCUUCUUGUUCUUGAUGAUGUUUGGAAUGAUGCGUCGAAGAGUUGGAGUGUUUUGGUAAAUCGUUUGUUACGAGUUAGCGGGAAGGAAGGGAAUGCUAUUAUUGUCACAACUCGCAGCGAAGAAGUUGCGUCCAUGGUGGAAACUAGUACUGAGUUUCGGCAUAGGCUAAGUAGCUUGUCUGAUGAUUAUUGUUGGUCUAUUAUGAAGAAAAGGGUGUGUGGGGACGGGAACGGAGGAGCAUCAAUUCCUUCGGAAUUGGAGCAGAUUGGGAAGGAGAUAGCGAUAAAAUGUAGAGGAGUUCCUUUAGCUGCAAAAGUUUUAGGAGGAUCAAUGCGUCUUGAAAUGAACAAGGAAUCAUGGAUGUCGAUAAAAAACAGUAAUAUUCUGAAUGCAUCAGAUGAUGAGGUUACUAAUGUUGAAUCCAUUUUGAAAUUGAGUUUUGAUCGUUUGCCUUCUCAUUUGAAGUCAUGUUUUGCGUACUGUUCGAUUUUUCGGAAAGAUUAUUCGUUUGUGAAGCAGGAAGUAACUGAGUUUUGGAUGGCUGAAGGUCUUGUUGAGCAAUGCAAUGGUGAUACAGCCAAUAAUUACUUUAAUGCCUUGAUUCUCAACUCCUUUUUCCAGAUAUCAGAAGUGGAUGAAUUAGAUAAUGUCUACAAGUAUAAGAUGCAUGAUCUUAUCCAUGAUCUUGCAUUGUCUAUGACCAAGUCUGAAAUAUUGAUUUCCGACACUCGUUCAAUCAAAGAUGUUAUAUCGAACACUCGUCACCUGAAUCUCAUUUGCGAUAGGGAAACUGUGUCGACGUUUCCAAAAAUAGCUGCGAAAAGACUGCGUUCCCUAUUCACAAACGAUGCUGUUAUUUACAAGUCGUUGCAGCUGAAAAGCUUGCGGAUGCUGAAAUUUCACUAUGCGGAUAUCCAAGAAUUGCCGUCUUCAAUAGGAAAUCUGAAACAUUUAAGAUAUCUGGAUGUCUCGUUCACUCCAAUCAAAGCAUUCCCUGAAUCGAUCACCAAGCUUUACAAUUUGCAAACACUAAGGUUCGACGUGUGCACGUCACUUACGAAGCUUCCUAGUAAAAUGAGCAAUCUGAUCAACCUGAGGCAUAUUUCUUUUUGUGAGGAUCAUCACAUGCCUUCUAAAAUUGGGAGGUUUUCUCAUCUCCAAACUCUCCCAUUUUUUAUUGUGGGUCUUGAUAGAGGAGGUAGCAUUCAAGAACUAGAAAACUUGAACCAACUAAGAGGGAGCUUAGCGAUAAAGAACCUCGAAAACGUGGGUGAAAAAAAAGAAGCCGAAAAAGCAAACCUGAAGGCGAAAACAAAACUAACAGCAUUGCGGUUCAAUUGGGUUGAAACAGGAGACAAUUUUGUAAACAAUCAUGAAGAAGUUCUUGAAGGUCUCGAGCCUCAUCCAAACAUUGAGAGAAUAAAAAUUGAGAAUUACAUGGGGUUCAAUUUGCCAUCAUGGUUGUUGAGUAUGAACAUUAACGGUAGUGACUUGAAUCAGUUGGUGGAGCUGAGAUUGAACAACUGCAGAUACUGUAACGAAAUCCCGAGGCUUGGUCAUCUUCCGCAUCUUAAAAUUCUUGUUAUAGAUGGUAUGCAUCUUGUCACACAAGUAGAAUCUAUUGGAAAACAGAGCAUUCUGUUUCCGGCACUAAAAAUAUUUAGUCUAGAGAAUAUGAGCAGUUUACUUGCAUGGAAGGUCGAAACAGAAGAUGACACAGUCGCAUUCCCGUGUCUUGAGGAGUUGUCGAUAACUAGUUGCACAUUGUUGAAGAAAAUUCCGAUGAUCAAUCGUUCAUCGCUCGUAAAACUGGAGAUCUAUGGCUGUAAUGAACUGAGUUACUUAUUUGAUGAGCUUCAUUCUUUCCCAUGUCUUAAAAGCUUAGUAAUUGGUGAUUGUAGCAACUUAACCUCUUUUCCAAGAGGAUUACAAUGCUGCACUUGUCUGGAAGAAUUGGUCAUAACCAAAUGCUAUGGGAUCACAUCUCUUCCUGAAGAAUUGGGGGAACUGCCUUCUCUUGUUUCUUUAAGAAUAACUACAGGUUUGAAUUAUUUUCCACACACAAUGUUACUCAGUCUCACCGGAUUAAGAUCAUUAACUAUUGGAGAUUUCAACAAGAAAUGGAACGAUUUGCCAAAUUUAGAUUCACUCCAACACCUGCAGUUUCUUGAAAGACUAGAACUGUAUGGAAGUGUUGAAAGCGAAAAGGUGAACGACAAUCUGCCGCAUCAACUUCAACACUUAACCGCUCUUACAACGUUAAACAUAACUCUUUUCCGAGGAUUGAAAGCUUUGCCGGAUUGGUUAGGAAAUCUUUCGUCUCUUCAAAGACUUCUAAUAUUUUACUGUCCGGAUCUCAAGUUUCUACCGUCCGGAACAGCCAUGCAAUCACUCUCCAGAUUGAAGAGUUUGAUCACAAUAAGUUGUCCACUUCUCAAGCAAAGUUGUGAGAAGGGGAGUGGCUCUGAAUGGCCUAAGAUUUCACAUAUUCCUGAUAUCAUAAUACAAUGAAACGAAUGAGGUAACUUCAGAAUUUCAUUUCAUAUGCUUCAACCUCACAUUGUAUUUCACUAUUAAAGUCACUAACUG